AGGACGAGGCCAGGAGAGGAAAGAGGCGCAGGCAGGGAGUAGAAGCCGUUACGUGGUUUCGACGAGGAGGAGCAGGAGGAGUACGAGAAGAAGGAGAAGGAGGAGGAGGCUUGCGAGGGCUGGUUAUGGGCUGGUGGCCAUGGCCACUGCCACCAAUUUCUCCGGGCAGCUGCUGAUCCCGCCUCCUUGCGCUGCGUCUGCGACCGCGCCCUCGACUUCUUCUUUCUCCAGGUACUCGUCGAGCUUCGUCACUGCCUCGUGCUCUGCGAAUUUCGGCAGCGGAAUCGCUGCUGCCUCGUGCUCACGUUGUGGCUUUCGGCCCCUCACACUCGUAGAUAGGAAUCGACUCGUUUCUCUCGAUGGGCAGCUGGGUGCCCUCGCCAUUGCUGGAUUCAAAUUGUCUAGAAGGCGACGGAUAGCUAUCCCCUCGAAAGGUCGCGCUGCAUUAUGCUCUGCCAAAUUAAGCGGGGAAUUUGGCCCCUCCGUGCGGGCUGCGGAGAGCUUACAGACCAGCAAUGGACGGGGCGGAAGCGAGGCCCCUUUCGUUCUCGAAACCUCGGAGCAGGAGCAGGAGCUAUCGCGUGAACGAUUGGCAAAUUUGGGGCUCGAAUCGUUGGAACUCAGGGAGCAUAAUGCGCAGGGCGGUCGAGAGCCGAGGCCGUGGCUGGAGGAGCUGCGGGCGAUUUGGGACAGGGGCUUUGCGCCGAGGAAUGAGCGGCGAUGGAUUCCGCACGAAUUGGCCGCGAAGGGGGUACUGCUUGCUGCCAUCCCCGGCAUGGCUGGCUUGAACCUGGAAGGCCCGCAGUCCGUGCUCCAAGCGCUGGGAGUUUUGGCAGCCAUCAUCACGGUGCACGAAACAGGGCAUUUCAUGGCCGCGCGCCUGCAGAACAUCCACGUGACCAAGUUCGCCGUGGGGUUCGGCCCGACGCUGGCCAAAUUCAACAGGAAAGGCGUCGAGUAUUCUCUGAGGACGUUCCCGUUUGGAGGGUUUGUGGCAUUCCCCGACGACGAUCCCAACAGCGACUUCGAUCCCGAGGACCCAAAUCUCUUGAAGAACCGGCCCAUCAAGGACCGCGCCAUCGUCAUCUCCGCCGGGGUCAUAGCAAACCUAAUUUUCGCCUACACCGUGCUAUUCACGCAGACGCUGAGCGUGGGUCUUCUGGAGCAGGAGAUGUUCCCCGGGGUGAUGGUGCCCGAGGUGAUCGGCAAUUCCGCGGCGUUCAAAGCUGGCAUGAAGGCAGGGGACGUCGUGCUCGGAGUGGACGGCUACCAAUUCACGGCCAAAGAGGCCGCCGUGUUCGAGCUCGUCGACACCAUCAAGAAGAGCGGGGGCAAGAAGCUCUCGCUCAACCUUCAGCGAGGUCCCGAGCUCGUGACGGUGGAUGUGACUCCUGAUAAGAACGUGGACGGGUCGGGGAGAAUCGGGGUCCAGCUCUCGCCCAACGCCAAGCCGCACAGAGUCAAGGCCAAGGGGCUGCCGGAAGCCCUGGCCUUGUCCUCGCGAGAGUUCUCCAGGCUCACCGCCACCGUCGUCGACGGCUUGAAGCAGAUCGUCUUCAAUUUUGAGAAAACGGUCGACAAUGUGUCGGGCCCCGUGGCGAUCGUCGCCGUAGGGGCGGAGGUUGCGAGGAACGACAUCGCAGGUCUGUUCCAGUUUGCUGCAAUUGUGAACAUCAAUUUGGCCAUCGUCAAUCUUCUCCCGCUUCCUGCGCUGGAUGGCGGGUACUUGGCCUUCGUCGCUCUGGAAGCUAUCAGGGGUGGCAAAAAGCUUCCUGAAGGAGUGGAGCAGGGCAUCAUGUCGUCGGGGGUUUUACUUCUGCUCAUGUUGGGAGUGGUUCUCAUGGUGCGGGACACUCUGAACCUCGGGUUCGUUCAGCAAAUGUUGUAGCAUAUUAGUGACUAGUGUCGUGUGACAGUCCAGCUGAAAUUUGUCGCUGGCUCUGGCACAUCUACGGUCCUCCCAUUAUUUGUCGGAGAUCUCUGGAAGCUGGAUAUCAUAUUAAUCGUCGGAUUCUGAUAAUUGUAAAGGUCCUGGAUGACUGCUUUGUCAUGGGGACAAUUGUUACACUAUUCGUUUACACUCGAGACGUUCAUGAUGGACGUCAAAACUCAGUCCAAGACCACGUGAACUUGUCCCUGUUAUGUUUCUUAUGAUGCCCUCCGCAGGCAGACCUCUUCUGGUUGUGGCUGUCCGUGCAGAUUGUCGAUGAAUCCCGUCUGCUCCAGUUCGCGCGUGACUGUUGUUUGCUAGCUAGCUGCGGAAUCAGUUUUUUCAUUUUGCUAACGAUCACAAGUGUUUGAAUGUGUCUCGUGCACUGGUUCUCGCACAUUGGCCUGGCUUUGUGCGCCAUUAUUACCUGUAACUUAUGCAUGUUCUAGACUGAAAGAGAUGUGACAACAGUCACAUGGCAUCUUUUGAAUCUCCUCUCGUGGCCCACAACACUUGAAACUUGCUGAUUUUACAUGGGAAUGUCAAGACAAGGGAUCUCAACACUAGUGCAAGAAGUAGAGUAGAUGUCUUGUCAUGAUAUUCAGCCGUCAGAUAGGUUGCACUAUGUUGGGUCUAGUUUUCAAGAGUUACUAGUGUACAGUGAUGUCACUUCCUCUGUAGUGCUG